AUGUUCGUUGUUGGAGACAACUGUGCAGUCAACAAGCGCUUGGCCCACCUCAUGGGUGUUCCGCUUGUUGGCUGCGCCAGCCACCACCUGAAUUUGGCGGUGCGACGGUUUCUGGAGCCGUAUGAAGAGGAUAUGGAACAAGUCCAAACGCUAGUGAGGCGGCUACGCACGAUCACUCAAGCUUCCAAGCUGCGACUGAAAACUUCACUUCGUCCGAAACUUCGCAACGAGACGCGAUGGGGGUCAACAUUCGCGAUGCUGGAUCGCUACCUGGCUUUCGUGAGUAUAUAA